AUGCCGGCACAUCGAACGCGGCUGGCUUUUGAGCCACUCUCGCCUGAACUCGACAUUCAACAGGUGGUCGAGUCUACUCCCAAUUUUGAGUUCGCGAUGAAAAUCACCUGCGAUGCUGUGGAUGACUUUCCCCUUGAACAGUUCGAGAGGCUCGUUCUGUACCAGGUCGUUUUGACAGGCAGACCGCUGGUCGUUGAGGGCUUUCACAAGCGCCUUGACAAAAAUAUAUUCUCGGAGAAAUGGCUUCGGGGGAAGUACUCGUCGAAAGUCGAGGAGGUCUGCGAUCUUGGGAAGAAAGUGAGCAAGCGGUUCACGAUGGGUCAUUACCUCAGGAGUCUUCAUCUCCUUACUAGCAAGAUCACGGCCGACAACUAUACAAAUAAAGACCGCCAACGCCUGUACCUCAAGGAUAUCGACUGCCCCCCUGAAUGGCGCGAUCACCUCGAGAAGCAGUUACCACCCUCUUUGUUCUAUCUGAACGAAGCUCCCAAGCCCUUCGAAGGCCCAGCAUCGGGAAAGGCGAAUCUGGAGGCAAUCCCAAAGACCAGUCAAGGCGAGCGCAUCGCCCCUGCGGGCGACCUAAUGAGCAGUCUUCCUGCAAAAAUGCGCGCGGAGAAUUUGAUGUGCUAUAUCGGCCACGAGGGUACAUAUACCCCGGCACAUCAAGAAAUGUGCGCCAGUCUCGGUCAUAAUAUAAUGGUGGAUGCGUCCGAUGGGACGCCGGAGGAUGGCCACCCAACUGUACCUGGCACUUCUAUAUGGCUCAUGACAGAAACUAGAGACCGGCCGAUUGUUUCCGAAUAUUGGAUGUCCGUUCUCGGACACGACAUCGACAUUGAGGAUUUCUUUGCUCCCUUGCAUGCAUGGGAGAUUGCACCUUUCAAAACCUGGGUAGUUGAACAGAAACCCGGGGAUCUCAUUCUGGUUCCCCCUCUCGCUGCACACCAGGUCUGGAACCGUGGCACCCGCACAAUGAAAGUUGCGUGGAAUCGCACGACAGUGGACACGCUCGAGUUGGCGUUGAAUGAGGCUUUGCCGCAUGCGAGAAUGGUCUGCCGCGAUGAGCAAUACAAGAAUAAGGCCAUCGUCUUCUUCACGCUCGACCGAUAUUCGAAAUUAUUGCGACAGGCUAAGAAGCUCGACAAUCCAUCCGUUAAACAGCUCUGGAGUGACUUCAAGAGACUGUUCAAUAUGUACAAGGCAAUCCUGUUGUCCGAGACCUUCUCACAAAGGAAGCCGGAGAAGAACGUCGAGUACCACGCGUUCCAGAGCAAUGUUACUUGCUCAUAUUGUCGAUGCAACAUCUUCAACAGGUUCCUCAGCUGUCCCGGUUGCGUUGACCUUGGUGGCGAGGAUGACCCGUAUGAUGUCUGCAUGGACUGCUAUGUCAUGGGCCGAAGCUGCAGUUGUAUAUCCAACCUCAAGUGGGUGGAGCAAUUCUCAUGGAAGCAGCUGACAGAUCGCUACGAAUCAUGGCGACGGUUGAUUGUCUCGUCCGACGAGAAUGACAAGGAAUUGAAGCUGCAGUUUCCAACAUUCGUUGUCGCCCGUGGUCAAGCUGGUAAAAAGUCCGUGGCAGAGAUAUGUCAAGAGCAACUGGCGCGUCGGCCAUGGAAUGACCCGAAGAAGCCCAAGGCCAUCAUUAACCUUCAGUCAGAUGACAGCGAAGGCGAGGACGACGAGCGGUCGAAAAAGCGCCGCAAAAUGCGGCAGUCUCUCAACGCCAAAUCAGCCGACAUGCACCGCUGUCACGUUUGCUUGCAUUAUGAAGUCAACUGGAAACUAGCUCCUUGCUCGAACUGCGACCAGCACUACUGCUACGGCAGUCUUUAUCGCGCAUUUGAGAUAUCGCCCCAGGAAGUCAUGGAAAAGCAUCACUGGCUCUGCCCGAAAUGCCGCAAACAGUGCAGCUGUGGGGCUUGCAAACGUGAUCCUUCCAUGAAGCCAUAUGAGCCGAACACUACUGUCCUGGGGCACGACACGAGCAAAGUGGCCGAUCCUCGCAGUGUUGACACGUUGGUCGACUUCCGUAAGUCGAACCUUUGGUGGUUAAGGAAAUUUGGCGACGAUGUCCAUGGCCGGAUUCAGAAGCGUCAGAAAGAAGCGGAGGAAGCUCAAGUGAUAUGGCAGAAGACGCUCGAGCAGCAGGGGUUCAGCUUUGAGACGAGUCCUUUUGAGCAGCCGAUGCAAUUUGGCUCGGCCAAUGACGAGAGUCUGCAGUUGGAUGGCUAUGAUGAAGAGUUGCCUGUGGAUCCAUCUCUGUCAUCACCUGGGCUGAAUCGAUGA